AUGUGCGACGACGAGGUUGCUGCUCUUGUAGUUGAUAAUGGAUCUGGAAUGUGCAAGGCUGGGUUUGCUGGAGAUGACGCUCCACGUGCCGUCUUCCCUUCCAUCGUAGGCAGACCCCGUCACCAAGGUGUCAUGGUUGGUAUGGGACAGAAGGAUUCGUACGUAGGAGACGAGGCUCAAUCCAAGAGAGGUAUCCUCACCCUGAAGUACCCCAUUGAGCACGGAAUCGUCACCAACUGGGAUGACAUGGAGAAGAUCUGGCACCACACCUUCUACAACGAGCUUCGCGUUGCCCCAGAAGAGCACCCCGUCCUCCUGACUGAGGCUCCCCUUAACCCCAAGGCCAACAGAGAAAAGAUGACCCAGAUCAUGUUUGAGACCUUCAACACCCCUGCUAUGUACGUCGCUAUCCAAGCUGUGCUCUCCCUGUACGCCUCUGGACGUACUACUGGUGUAGUGCUCGACUCUGGAGAUGGUGUUACUCACACCGUCCCUAUCUAUGAGGGUUAUGCGCUUCCUCACGCGAUUCUUCGCCUCGACCUUGCGGGCCGUGAUCUCACUGACUACUUGAUGAAGAUCCUCACUGAGCGUGGUUACUCGUUCACGACCACGGCUGAGCGUGAAAUUGUCCGAGACAUCAAGGAGAAGCUCUGCUAUGUCGCCCUCGAUUUCGAGCAAGAGAUGGCUACCGCUGCAUCUUCUUCCUCUCUAGAGAAAUCUUAUGAGCUUCCUGACGGACAAGUCAUUACUGUAGGAAACGAGCGAUUCCGUUGUCCGGAAGCACUUUUCCAGCCUUCUUUCCUGGGUAUGGAAUCUGCUGGUAUCCAUGAAACUUCAUACAACUCAAUCAUGAAGUGCGACAUCGACAUCCGUAAGGACUUGUACGCCAACACUGUUCUGUCUGGUGGAACAACGAUGUACCCCGGCAUUGCCGAUCGCAUGCAGAAGGAAAUUACUGCUCUUGCGCCAAGCACGAUGAAGAUCAAAAUCAUCGCUCCACCAGAGCGCAAAUACUCUGUUUGGAUUGGAGGAUCGAUUCUGGCAUCUCUCUCCACUUUCCAACAAAUGUGGAUCUCCAAACAAGAAUAUGACGAAUCUGGCCCAUCCAUUGUUCACCGCAAGUGCUUCUAG